AUGAGUGAGGCAGGUCCUCAGGUUAACGGGCCUUCCAGCCCUCCUGGAAAAUUUAUUGAUGGCAUCGAUCCUGAUGAUCCGGAAUAUAUUAAAAAUUUACAACGUCCAGCUGAGGUUAAGGAAGACCUGCAGCAAAUGGAAAAUCGUUCACGUGUGUCACUAGUACUGAAUAGUCAAGCAUUUAAAGAUGAGCUAGAGCAAGUUGUUGAAGAGCAACUUCGCAAUGGUCCGUAUCCAGCAAAUUUGAUUGCAUUACAACAAAUCACAGACCUUUUGCUUCCUCACUCAAAAGGGGGCUUGUCAAGUUUAGCCAGAGCUUCUACUGCCAUUCCAAUCAAUGAUCUAAGGGGAGUUGAGUCUCUUGGCUUUGCCAAGGGAGAAAAACUUCUGAGAUGUAAAUUGGCUGCCUUAUACCGAUUAGUGGAUUUGUGCGGAUGGUCUCAUGGUAUUUACAAUCAUAUAAGUGCUAGAAUAAGCCCUGAGCAUGAACAUUUUUUGCUGAAUCCUUUCGGUAUGCUGUACUCAGAAGUUACAGCUUCAUCCUUGAUUAAAGUUGAUGUUAGGGGAGAUAUUGUUGAAUCUGGUUCAACUCAGUUUGGUGUCAGCAAAUCAAGUUUUUCUCUGCACUCAGCCAUACAUCAAGCUAGACCAGACAUCAAAUGUAUUGUUCACCUUCAUACACCAGCUGCUGUGGCCGUAUCUGCUAUGAAAUGUGGAUUAUUACCAAUGAGCCAAGAAGCUUUAGUGUGUGGUAAACUAAGCUAUCAUGAUUAUCAAGGAGUUUUCGUUGAUCCAGAAGAGCGUGAGAAACUUGCAAGAAGUCUAGGUGUUCAUAAUAAAAUUUUAGUUCUUCAUAACCAAGGUAUUGUAGCAUGUGGUGAAACCAUUGAAGAAGCUUUUCAUUAUACAUUUAAUAUAAUGGCAGCAUGCGAAGCUCAGGUAAAAGCUGUACCUGCAGGCUUGGAAAACAUAGUUAUUCCUAGUGAAGAGGUCCGUGAAAAAACAUAUAGAGUAGCAAGUCAGGGUGGUGGAGGAGUGGAGUCCACAGGACGCAAGUGGAAAUUAGGAGAGCUAGAGUUUGAAGCCUUGAUGAGAACGCUUGAUAAUUCUGGAUUCAGAACUGGCUAUGUGUACAAGAUGCCAGUAGUAAAGCAAGAAAAGAAGGACAGAUCAAACAGUGAAGUUGAGAUACCACCUGCUUCAAGCUCCUUUACCUAUGUUUUUGACGGUGACUUUGAGCACUCUAAAUAUGCAUCACCUAUAAAAGCUGCAAUGGAAAGGCAAAAGAAAGCAUACAAAGCUGGAUGGUUAACCACACCUAAUGCAUAUAAGAAGACAGAAGUUGAAGAAAUAGGUACAACAACACCUAAGAAAAUUACAAAGUGGGUGCCAGAAGCAGACUCACCUAAUAGACCAGGUGGUACACCAAUUAAGAUUGAAAAUCCAAAUCAGUUUGCACCACAAGGAGAAAAUCCAAGAGAAUUCAAACUGAAACAAAAGAGUAUAAGAAAGGACUAUUAUGAGGAAAAGGUCACUCCUGGUCCACAAUCUAAGAUAUUAGAAGGCAUUUCAUGGGAUGAAGCUCAAAAAGCUAAGGAUGGACAGCUAAGUGGAGCAGGAGACCAACUCAUUGUUGUUGGAGCUGCAUCUAAAGGUAUUAUCCAAAGGGACCAUCAACACAAUGCUGUAGUGUAUCGACAAUAUUAUGCUGCAAAUCCUUUUGAAAACAUGUCAGAAGCUGAAAUAGAACAAUAUCAGGCUGAAGUACAAAGAAGGGAACGUGGAGAACCAGUUGAGGAACCCACUGCAACACCAGCUACUGCUGCUCCCACAUCACACCAGGCAGAGUUAGAGAAACCUAGGGAGCCUGAGCCAGUACACACAGUGGAACAAGUGCGUGAUGUCGAGAGGCAACCUGAACCCCGCAAAGAUGUGGAAGUUGGCCUCUAUAGACUGCAAGAAGAAUCCAAUGGAUUGCAUGAGUCAGACAGGAGUUUUCCAUCUGAAGGUAAACACGCUGCUGCUAGGCUUUUCUGCUUCAACAUAAAUCUUCUCUUCAGCCCUCUUUAA